ACUUCAGUCAAAUAUUGUCAUCAAACAUCAAACGUUUUAUUUGUUUGGUCUGUGGUGUUUUCUUUUCCGAGAAGUUUUUAUUUCUUUCAAACUUUUAUACGCAUAAAAAUGGAAAUAUAGGUAUUGAAUCAUUCACAAGCAAGUGAGUCAUAAAAGGGUAAUAUAAUGGAGAACUCUACUGCCAGCGUCGAAAAUUUACCUGGAGAAGUCCAGGAUUAUGAUGGAUCUGGAAACAAGUGCUUAGAGCUUGCAUUAGAGGGUGAACGACUGUGUAAAGCUGGGGAUUGCAAGGUAGGAGUGGCAUUUUUUCAAGCAGCAAUUCAAGCUGGAACUGAUGAUUUAAGAACUCUUAGUGCCAUAUACAGCCAACUGGGGAAUGCUUACUUUUAUUUGGGUGACUAUGGAAAGGCAAUGCAGUAUCACAAUAAUGAUCUGACCCUGGCAAGGAUUAUGGGAGAUAAGUUGGGUGAAGCCAAAUCCUCUGGAAAUUUGGGAAAUACAUUGAAAGUAAUGGGGCGUUUUGAUGAAGCAGUUGUUUGUUGUAAACGCCAUUUAGAAUUGUCUCGUGAAUUGGGUGAUAAAUUGAGCGAGGGUCGUGCUCUGUAUAACUUGGGUAAUGUUUUUCAUGCUAAAGGCAAACAUAUUGGCCGUGUAGGGCAAAAAGAUCCAGGUGAAUUUUCUGAAGACGUAAAAGGGUGCUUGCAGCAAGCAGUGACUUAUUACGAAGAAAAUUUGACCUUGAUGCAAGAUCUAGGUGAUAUUGCUGCCCAAGGAAGAGCAUGUGGAAAUUUGGGAAACACCUAUUACCUACUUGGAGAUUUUGCACAAGCCAUCCGUUACCACGAAGAGAGGCUAGCUAUAGCGAGACAAUUCGGAGACAAGGCUGCAGAACGUAGAGCUCAUAGUAACUUGGGGAACUCCCACAUAUUCAUGGGUCAAUUCGAAGAGGCAGCACAUCAUUACAAGCGUACCUUAGCUUUGGCUCAAGAGUUGGGAGAUCAAGCUAUUGAAGCCCAAGCUUGUUAUAGUUUGGGAAACACUUACACCCUACUCAGAAACUAUGAGGCUGCCAUAGAAUACCACCUGAAGCAUCUCCUCAUUGCUCAAGAUCUCUCCGAUAGAGUAGGUGAAGGUAGAGCUUGUUGGUCACUGGGAAACGCUCAUGCUUCGCUGGGAAACCAUGAGAAAGCUCUUAGUUAUGCUAAGAAACAUCUGGAAAUAAGUAAAGAGUUAGGAGACUCAAUGGGCGAAGCAACAGCGAAAAUGAAUAUUUCCGACCUAAAAAAAAUUCUGGAGAUACCUGAAAGCCCUGACAAUGAUUCUGAAUCUUCCAAAACUUCAUCAAAAUCUGAAUCGCUGAAUAAUGUAGGUUCCCAACAGUUACAUAGGGUGAGGCGAGAAAGCAUGGAACAGCUUAGUCUUAUUAAGCUAACUCCUGAUGGAAAACGUCCUGGUCUUUCUUUACCACCUCAGAAAUCCACCCCAGGCAAGCCAGAAGACGAAGAUUCAUUCUUUGAUCUACUCUCUCGGUUCCAAUCAAAAAGAAUGGAUGAUCAGCGUUGUUCACUAACUGUCGAUAAUAAAGAAAACACCAAUGUUGUCAACAUCCCUCACAGCGAUGGUCCAGAGGAAUUGAUUGACAUGAUUGCUGGAAUGCAAAGCAAGAGAAUGGAUGAACAGAGGGUUUCUCUUCCUCAUUUGCCAGCAGGUCUGCAAAUGAACUCCCUACAAAGAUUAACGGAGACCAGAACUAACAGCGUUCCUGACGACAAUUUCUUGGAUCAGCUUGUCAGAUGUCAAGGUUCACGAAUCGAGGACCAGAGGUCGCCACUACCCGCUCCUGUGGUCGAUGUAGAGGCCGACCCUCCACCUGCCAAUGCUAGUAAAAGCGGAGCUACAGUACCUGACGAAGAUUUCUUUUCGCUUAUCAUGAGGUGCCAGUCGGGUAGGAUGGACGAUCAACGGGCUGCGGUGCCAAGGAUAGAAACAAGAAUUGCCAAUGGACAUGCCCCACAUCCCCCAGAUGGAAUAAACAACAAUUUGAGGAGUUCCUCCAACAAAAAGAAAAAAUAAUAUAUAAUUUAUCUAGGGUUAUCAAUUUCAAGUAUAGUUUUUCGACUGAAAACGUUUAUGCACAGGUCUCAAACAAAUCAAUCUGAUGAUUGAGACAUUUUUUGACCUACGUCCAUGACAGAAUCUUGUGUAUUUAUGAGGAUAAUGAGAUCCCAAAAUAAACAUGACAAUUUUUACUAAUCUCUAGAUCAAUGCAUAUGUUCAUUUUAGAAUAAUUAAUUUGAGAAAUGGUUGAACAUUGGAAGGUUGGAAGGAGGGUUUCUUUGGUGGAAGGAAAGUCCUAGAAGUAUUUGACCUAAUAGAAAGAUCCGAAAAAGGGGAAGUAUUUCUAUAUUGCUAAAACUUUUGCCAUUGAUGUACGAUACUCAUACUCAAGAUAAGGUGUGAAAUGUCGGCCAGGCUCAUGAAGCAAUUGUGUGUGAAGCAUUGGAGUAUUGUGACGUCUGAAGAUGCCGUUGUAUAGCGAAACACGUGUCUCAGUUUUGUGAACUUUCAAGUGGUAAUCUCACAUUAAAGUGUGUUUUUUAAAUAUGUGAAGCAUUGCUUUUAACACUCAAUUUCAACAUCCCCAGACGCUGUUUUGUUUUAUUGAGAAAACAUGAUACCCAUCUGACGAACACUUUUUAUCAGUACACGAUAAGUAUUCAUUUUUUGAAAUGCCUAUUUUGUUGGCACUUUCAGUUGACUGUCAUCAAAUUAUUUCAAAAGAAGUAGACUUGUCUGGCGGUUCUAGUGGUAUAUUGAUAUUGAUUUAUCUGAUACCAUUUAAGUUCACAUAUAAUAAAGAUUAUUGUUUACAUGACCAUAUGUCAUAAGUUUGUAAUUUAAAUGGGGGUUCUAAAGUUAACUAUCUAAGAAGUAUUAACAAAGAUGAAGCAUAACUAUACAAAUACCUCUAUAAAGCAUGUUCCUCUCAAUCAUCAUGUUUAUAUGAAAGUAGUUUUUUCGAAAGGGCUCUUUCUUUGUGAAGAAUUCAUUUGAAGUUGAUUGGUUUCUUCGGAAGAUUCCCUCUUUUUUUUGUAUGAAGAUGGAGAAGUAGAAAGUCAAAAUCUCAUUCUCAAAAGUUGAUCUAUCCUAAAAAUAUACCCUUUCAGUUCAAACAUCCUUGCCAACAUUAUACAUUUAAUUGUUCUAAAUGUCCGAAAAAACUUUGGGAAAAUACUGUCUUUCUGGAGAGUCCGUUCCGAUCCAAACUAUUGUGUAUAAAAAUGAAUGAAAAUAAAAACAGUUGUCUGGAGACCUCUUACUUUACUUUAUCAAAAAUGAAACCAUAAAUUUUCUGUGUCGACAUUUUAUUGUUUUGAAACAAGUCUGCUGAAGAGGAAACUGAUUCCUGAACCUACAUCUUUUUCUCGCCAAAUUGAUUCAUCAUUUGUCUUUUUCUUAUAACAAGAAACCCCGUUGUUGUUAUUCCUGGUUCACAUAAAAUAAUCUAACUUUGUCGGCAAGAAUUUACACUUCGUUAGACUAUAAAUUAUGUGUCUAUCAUUUCUUUGUCGAAUUGAGUAUUAAAUGAAUUGUUUCUUACAGUCUAAGGAAUUUUCACCUCUAGUGGGUUUUUACGCUACUCGACAAAUCGCGUUUUAUACUGCUAAUCCUCUUUCUUUUAAACGAUACUAGCGUGUUAACAUUGGUUCCAAUAGCAUCAUUUAUCAGAAAUCCUCCUAUACAUUAACAAAUACACUGAGAUGACAUUUGUUGAGGAUGCUUCCAGAAAUUCAUUGGAAAUAAAUUUUUUUAUUUUCCAGCUUCCUUAUUCUCAUUUUUUCUAAUAUCAAUAAUUGAGCCAGAUGUAUUUGAUGCUGUCAAGGCCAUGAAGAAUAACCAUAGUAAGUUGGAAUUUCUAGGACAAUCCUCUUAAUACUAAGCAACAUAGCACCUCCAAUGUAUGCUUAGCAAAGUUGGUAUUUUAAACGAUAGUCACUUUUUAACAUAGCAACUGCCAUCUUUACUUCCGGUCAGGUACUUCUAGGACUACCUUGUUUAGAAUAAACUAUUUCUCAAAUAAAAAUGCCUAGCAUCAUUUUAUUGAAAUUGGUGAAUAAAGCACAUUCGACAACACUGGUCAGUGUUGAGGAAUACUACCAAAUGCUAAUAAAUUAUAAAUCUGAAGCCAAAAUAAUAUUUUGUCGAUUAUAUAUGUGGGCACAUAGUUUUAUAAAUUGGUAAUCGAGGACAUACUGUGAAUAGAUGGCUUAAGUAGCAACAGAGCAAUGCCAAUGGAUUAAUUUGUAUUUGAUUUGCAGUGUUAAUGUAAUUUUUGAAUUUUGUAUGUUCCGACAGUCUUUAUCUUUGAUAGAUCGAAUUUGUUUCAAUAAUAAAGAACCGAUCUUGUCAGCAAAUAUAUUGAUCUGAUUGUUUCAAGUUUCAUGAAAAAUAGAAACCAUUAUCAAUAGUUUAUAUUAUACGUAUAUCAAUUCUGAAAGUUUGUAUACAGCACCUCUCUAGGCAGUAAAUAGAAGCUGUUACCGAUUAGGAGCUUGGCGUGUGUCAAAUCAAAAUCCAUCAAAAGAGAAAAAACUAAUGCAAAUUUGAAACAUUUUGAAAGUUUAUCUUCCUACAUGUAUUUUUUAUGAAACAUGAAAUCCAGAUCAAUAUUUUUGCUCUCAAAGUUAUUGCAUGAUGUAGUAUUAUUCAGUUAUUUUUUUAUACUUAUAUUUUUAGAGAUCUAUAGAAUUUUAUAUAUUAUUUAUGAAUGUAAAAUGAUAUAUUGACGUUAUAGUGCCAAUUAAAAUUUAUAUCUUCCAGUAACAUA